AUGGCUCAGAUGAAACUGAGAAAUACGAAGAGAAUAACAGCGAGUAAAUUGGAAUCAUCAGAGCACAAUUGUAUCUUCUUGAUUGUAUCUUCUGCCUCUGGAUAUUACACAAUCGCCGCGAUGGAGCCGUCCUCCCUCUACACCCUUUCCUCACACGAAGCUAUUGUGGACGCCUUCUCCCGGGCCGUGGUUGGGUGCGACAAUCAUGACGCGGAGCUCUUCAACUCUGCCUGGGCCGGAGAAGAUGUUUCGUUCACAAUCAACGGUACUGAUAAGAAAGUCCUGCCCAACCUCACCAUCAUCCGGACACAUGUACUCGACAGGGUCGGUCCUAUGGAUACUACGCACAGUAUCAGCAAUAUUCGCGUGGUUGCUAAGGAUAGCGCGGACACUGCUUUUCUCACGGCGACUUCAAUGGCACAGCAUUGUCCGCCCGGAAGGGGCAAGGAGCCAGACGGGCCAAAAUUCAUGGUUGCCGGCGAAUAUUCCGCUGAUGUCAUCAAGGUUGAUGGGAUAUGGAAACUGAAAAACUGCGCAUUAAAAGUCGUCUGGACUCAGGGAGAUCCUUCUGUAAUGGAGAACCGUGGUUGA